UUACCAAUACGCAUGCGCCAAAUUCCAAGCGGCACGUAUAAAGCAAAGAUAAAAGUGCCAAAAGGAACGUGAGUUUACACAUUUAUUAAGUCUUGCUCUGAAAUAGCGAUUUAUAUAGUUCAAAAACGUUUUUGUCCCGUAGCUGAACCGUUGUAAGUAAUAAGUGAGGCAAAUGUAUCGACGAACUCACAAUGCUAUAACUUUAGCAAGCCCGUUCGAACGAGAAAGCGAGCGUGAAGCUUCGAUGGCGCUGUGGUGGUGGUCGUUGUAGAGAGAACAUAUUGACUUAAUUCUGCCGUCCUCCGUGGGAAUUGGAGGUGGUCGAACUCCUGUGCCCGCCGAGAGCGCUGCAUGGAGGCUGCGCUGAAGAAUUUGUCGAGUACAGUCGAGCUGCUGGCUGUGGCGGCGCGGAGCGGUGACGUACGUCUCUGGGACCGACAGUAUCUUACUCGGGCUUUUCACUGGGCCUGCUACUGCGAGCAUCUUUUCUCCAAGUUCCACCAGAACCCCAAAAUAAGAGGGCUCAUGGAAAUACAAGUACAGCAUGCUAAUAGCAAUUUGAGAGCAGUCUACGGAGAUUAUACUGACCUCUCCUUUUUGGACCUGUCACAGUGCCAGCACCUAUUGCUUACAGCACUCUUAAAGAACCCCAAUCUCCCCAUCUCCAUUAUGAAGAUACUCUUUGACACCACAAAGCCAGCACACUGCAAACCAGGAGAGUAUCAGGAAGUCACUGGGAUUUGCGGUAACAUCGUUCAAUGCAAAUCCGCUAUUCAAAUUUUAAGUCCCAUCACGGGACACACAAGCGCCGGUGCCGAGGCCCAAGCCGCCUUGUUGACAGAGAGGCUUCACGCCCUGCUGAGCCCAGGCGGUGAAACUCGCCGGGCGCAGCAAUUUCUUGACUCUGUUCUCCAGGGAUGCAAAGAAGCAGAACAUUUGUGUCUGGUCCUCACUGCUGUUCUGCUGACUGGAGAAAAUGCACAUGCACGAAGCGCUUCAGUGGAUUUUCUCCUCGACUGGCUCCAGCAAAAACACAGCCUGCUGCAGCACAUGUGCCUCACACUGCCUACAUCUCGUCUUAAAGACUUGGCCAAAGAAAAUGUUAAAUUUAGGGACAUGUACGGUGGUGUCCUCAAAAAAUGGGCUGCUGAUAUGGAGUACUGCUUGGACGAUGGCAAAUGGGUGCAAAGCGGCACAAGACCAAAAGUGUCUUUUCAGGGAGUGGUUGAGCACUUUGUUGUUUUGUUUGAAGGGUGUCCCACUCUAUGGACAACUGUAGAAAGAGAGCUGACUGAUUUGAAGAUAUCAGAUGGAGACUUCGAUGUCAGAGGAUUAAGUGUGUGGGGAGAUCUCUUAGCAGAAAUACAAAAGCGUCUUGAUAAAUAGGUUCAGAAAUGCAUGUUGCCACAUAUUUAUUCUAAAAUCUUAAUGAAGUAUUCAGCCGUUUUAAAGACUGCUGUUUCUACUCUGUCAAAUGUUAAUCAAAUUAAUGGUAAAUGAUGUGAGAAUUAAACCAGUUUUUUUUAAGUUUGUCCUUUUCUGCAUAAACUAAUACACCACAAUUGGUAAAGGCAUUACUACACCUGCACAUACAAAGUAAAACCUAGUAACCAAAUUAUUGUUACAAAAACAGUAUCUAAGGUAUGUUUAUAGCGCAGGUCUUAAUGCACAAAUCUGAUUUUUCUGGCGUGCCCGUUCUGUCUGCAUUUUUCCGUUGAGACCGUAAAUGUAGUACGCAUGCACACUAACUCGCAGUCCGACAUGCAUUGAGAAAACUGAAAACAAAUUACUACACAUGCUGGCUCUAUGCCAUUCUAGGGCGAUCAUUUUUUUAUUUCCAAAAAGAGGACACAAAUGACAGACAUAAAUUAUCCCCGUUUAGUCUCAUAUUCAAAGUAUAUUUUGAUAGUACGCAUGGACGCACUGUGCGUGCAUGACACACACACAUACUGUCAGUUUGUCCUGACUCUCCGCCAUAUAAGCAAUAUUGAAAUACUGUACUACUCAUUCGGCACACAGAAAGAAAACUGCAUUCCCAGGCUUAUCCCGCCCAAUUUAAUUUUUGAUGACUGUUGUCAAGCCCGCCUCCUCCUAAAAGCCGAGUUCAAGCUAGGCCAUGGACUUCAUAAUACUUGACAGGACACGGGAUAAUGGGCGAUCCUUAGGGGGCCUAUUUUCAGAAACUUCAAAUAUUUUCAAAACCAAAGCUGCUACUGACCUAAAACCAAAACAGGCACCUACCUUACCCAUAUAUGGGUCUCCGUGAGCAGCGGCAUAAAAAAAUUCAAAGUCCUUCCCCUAUAAAAUCCCGAUUAAUUAUAUUUUUAUAUAAGUAUAACAAAACCUAAAAUGGCUAUAAAAUUCUCAGAUUUUACACUAGAUGCACAAAAAUCACCAAAUGCAGAGAUAAUCACCUAUAUUUUCUGGAUCAAUAGCAAUAUUAAACAUAUAAGUUUUUGCCCAAAAUAGCAACUUAAUUUUUUUUUUUUUUUUUUUUUUUACUGCAAGUUUUCAACAGAAUCACUCGUUUUUCACAUCAGACACUUAAUACUUGAGGAAAACAUGCAGAAUAAACUAUUAAUAAUAUAUAGAUAGAUUAUUAAUAGACUGUAUACACAAUCACAACUUAUUAUACAAUAUAAUAUAAUAGAAUCGCCCUUUAUUGUAUACAAUUAAAUUUUGGAGCAUUUCCCUUUACUGUGCAUUGUAAAUAAAAAUCUCAAAAGUGACUAGCAAGUAUAAAAUCUAAAUAAAUAUAAAAUGCGUAUGAGAUAGUCGUAUGUUCAGGCAGUGCAAAUAAUCGAUGUGAAUGAGCAGCAAUUUGAAAGUUAAUGCUUUCAAUAUUUUAGGUGAGAAAGUAUUCAACAUAGAAUAUGCAUGCAAAUGAAUAUUGGAUAUGAAUCUUGUGUUUUCCGGUCAGCUUCCUCGACUUGUACAAGUCUGUUCCUCGCCAUCUCCUUUCUGCUGGUCUGCCACUCUAAGGCCUUGUACGUCCUCGCUUCGGAAGUCAAAUCCUUGGAGAAGUUCGCACCAAAACACUUGAAUAGGGACCUCCAGGAACUCCAGCAGGUGCUCUUGUGCUUCCUGCGCAUCAGGGAGUCCCACAGCGACAUUCUGAAGGACGCCAUGUGGGCCAUUCUCUGGAACAUCUCCCUGUGUGUCCCUGUGUUCCUCCUUGCCCGUGCGACCGUGUUGGGGUCCACCAUGAUAAGCCCGACGCUCUGCUUCUCGAUCGAAGAGCGCGCCAGCACCUUCUGGGUCAACUUGUAGCCGGCCAUGACACUUUUAGUUCUCCCACCUGGCCAGCACUUUCCGGCUCGAGAAUCGGGCCGGCCUCAUUCUCUGAGGCUCCUAAAAAACAUGUUUGUUUUAGAAAGAUAGGUGUUUUGAUGAAUCUUUUUUAUAAAGUGAAUAAUGCUGGCCACUUACCCCAGCCCCAGGACACCUGGGCAGCACCAUACAGCCGUUGUUGUAGAAGCUGCUGUAGAUCUUCUUCCAAAGGUGCAUGGGGUCAAAGUCGAUGAAGAUCUGCUUGUUGCCAUCGGUGUAGGGGUUAGUGUGGGACCAUGGUGUUUUACUGAAAGUUAUUAGAUUGAAAUAUUACAUAAAAUAAAACACGUAAAAGCUGAUUGUUUUUAAAUAUGGACGCAGAAAUGUCUAAAAUAAAAUCUAGAGAUACAAAAUCCAACAUGGCUGCCGUAGCAAAAAAAAAACAUGUUUACGUUGAAAUUCUUGUGAAUAAAUGCUUCAAUCACUGAAUUCUUUAUAGAUAUGGACGUAAAACAGUCUCGAUUCUUGGUUAAAAGCAAAAGAAACCGUGCAGGUAGCAUGUAUUUUACGUAAAUAUGGCGAAAGUGCAGCUCGAUCUUUAAGUCUCCUCCGUGUGUAAACAAAGAAGACAAUUAUUGCAAAUAAAUGUUUCAAUCACUGAAUUCUUUAUAGAUAUGGACGUAAAACAGUCUCGAUUCUUGGUCUAAAGCAAAAGAAACCGUGCAGGAAGCAUUUACUUCACGUAAAAAUGGCUCGUCUUUUUCACUCUGGCACUGCCUUACCACAAGUCCAUAGCAACGAGGUUUUUACGUUGAACCUCUUGUGAAUAAAUGCUUAAAUCCCUGGAUUCUUUAUAAAUAUGGGCGUAAAACAGUCUCGAUUCUUGGUUAAAAGCAAAACAAACCGGCAGUUUUUGUGAAGCUAGUGCGUUAGCUUUGUUAUAAUGAAUGGCGUUUUCCAUUCAAAAUUCUUGUGAAUAAAUGCUUAAAUCACUCAAUUCUUUAUAGAUAUGGACGUAAAACAGUCUCGAUUCUUGGUUAAAAGCAAAAACCGGGCAGUUAUUUUACAUAAAUUUGUCGAAGAAUGAAGCCAAUGGCUCCGAUUGAUUUUUUUUUUCACCACGUUUUAAAAUGCAUGCAUUGUACGAAAAAUAUAAUAAUUACCUUGAAUCCUCGAACAAAUCACUCCUGAGACAAUCCUUGUUGUUAGUAUGCAGUCCAGAUUUUGUACAUUUUGAAUGUAAUUUCACCUGAUUGUUCAAAUGUAUGUGUGAGAGUCAUUCCCAUCGACUUGAAAUGAAGUUGACUCACACAGCCCCCCACGGGCCCGCCGGUGCGCGGGCCAUACGGCAAAUGUCCUGUCAAUUAUUACGAAGUCCGUGGCUAGGCGCUAACACCAAUGUACAGCUCCAUCGCUGCCGUCCUCCGUGCCUCCCACACUUUGCUGACGUAAUUGGUGCAUGAAUUCUGAUUUGGGAGACUUGACAGUUCAGACCACAGCCACAUUCUGGAAAAAUGUGGCCCAGAUCAGUUUUUAACCACAUGCAAACGUGACCUAGAUCGGAUUUGAAAUGCUCCACUUUUAUGUGAACUGUUCCGUUCAGAUCGUCAAGUUAAUGCCUCACAUGAGUCGGAAAAACACGAAAAAAUCGGAUUUGUGCAUUAAGGCCUGCGGUAUGAACCUAGCCCAAUAGACAAGUUAAAUGUGGUUGUAGUGUACAAUAUAAAAGGACUCUGAAUCAUACUGUGCAAUAUUUAUUAUUCUC